ACCCCAACCCUAAACCCACCCCCACCCCCGUCUCCCCCGCUGUCCCCCCCUCCCAUCCCCCCGGAUCCGGGUCCCACCGCGAUUCCCCGUUUCCCAGGGGAGUUCAUCAAGACGUGGCGCCCGCGGUACUUCCUGCUCAAGAGCGACGGCUCCUUCCUGGGCUUCAAGGAGCGGCCGGAGCCGCCGGACCCGGCCCUGACCCCCCUCAACAACUUCUCCGUGGCCGAGUGCCAGCUGAUGCGGGCGGAGCGGCCGCGCCCCAACACCUUCGUCAUCCGGUGCCUGCAGUGGACGACGGUCAUCGAGAGGACCUUCCACGUGGACUCCCCCGAGGAGCGGGAGGAAUGGAUCCGGGCCAUCCAGACCGUGGCCAACAGCCUCAAGGCCCGGGAGCCGCCACCACCUCCAGAGGAUCCCAUGGAAUUCCAGGGCGGAUCCCCGGGAUCCGAUGACCCCGCCGGCAAACCCCGCCCCAAGGCCACCAUGAAUGACUUCGAUUACCUGAAGCUGCUGGGCAAGGGCACCUUUGGGAAGGUGAUCCUGGUGCGGGAGAAGGCCUCGGGCCGCCACUACGCCAUGAAGAUCCUGCGCAAGGACGUCGUCAUCGCCAAGGACGAGGUGGCCCACACGGUGACCGAGAGCCGGGUCCUGCAGAACUCGCGACACCCCUUCCUGACCGCCCUGAAAUACGCCUUCCAGACCCACGACCGGCUCUGCUUCGUCAUGGAAUACGCCAACGGAGGAGAGCUGUUUUUCCACCUGUCCCGGGAGCGGGUGUUCUCCGAGGACCGCGCCCGCUUCUACGGCGCCGAGAUCGUGUCGGCCCUGGAAUAUUUGCACUCCCGGGACGUCGUCUACCGGGACAUCAAGGUGACCCCCCGCCCCUGCCCGGGAUUUGGGGGUCAUUCCCUCAAUUCUGGGGAUCAUUCCCUGGAUUUUGGGGAUCACUCCCUUGAUUUGUUCCCUGGAUUUUGGGGGUCAUUCCCUGGAUUUUGGGGGUCAUUCCCUUGA